AUGUCUUCACAUACAAAUUCUUCCAUUCGUUCUACCAUCACCCAAUCCACUCGCUCCAGCUUGGAAUCAUUAGAUUCCAGCAUUUCUCGUCACAAUUCUAUUCAAGGACCUUCUCAAGUGGAUCGUUCAUCUCUUGGGCUGAGUAGUCUGUCGCUUUCCAGUCGAAUUCUCACUCGAACUUCAACAAUAGUGAAUGCAAUUAGAGACGAUAAUCAGUAUGCCAGCAAAGUUGAAUCCAAUAAAAUCCUUCCUUCUACCUUUGGGGCAAUGAAUCCAGAGGAGGAUACGAAAUCCAUAGCUGCUUUAGCCAAUUAUGAUGGAGAAUUCAAUAAGCAGGAUGUUAUUGAUCGUCCUCCAGACGGUACUCUAUGGGGAUGGAUAAGCGCUUUCUGUGUUUGUGGUCUCAAUACUUUUAGCUGGGGUGUUAAUAGUGUCUUCGGAGUGUUUCUCAACUAUUAUGUCAGUUCGAAUCAUUUUCCAGGUGCGACCAUGGAGGAUUAUGCACUCAUUGGUGGUCUCAACUUGGGUCUAAGUUUUAUGCUCUGUAACGUAGCCAACACUUUAGUGAGGCGUUUCUAUUACAAGUAUGUAAUGGCUGUAGGUAUUGUCAUGCUUGUUAUUUGCUAUUUGUGUGCUGCAGAAGCUACUACUAUUGUCCAACUCAUCAUGUUACAGGGACUUCUUCUUUCUAUCGCUUAUGCUUUGGCUGCCGGUCCUGGUUUUGUCAUUAUUCCUACGUGGUUCCUUAAGAAGAGAUCUAUAGCCACGGGAAUCGCUACCGCUGGUGCAGGUUUAUCCGGUAUAAUUUUCAGCAGACCUAUUCAGGCUCUUAUUGAUACGACAGGGAGUUAUAAGUGGGCCCUUAGAUUGAUCGGUAUUGUCUGUGGUGUCAUGCUAACCGUCUGUACCCUUCUUAUUAGGUGUCGGCGUAAAUUGAAGGUCGUUACUGGUCGUUCCUUUUGGGGGGAUGUUCUUGCAAGCUUCACCAGAUGGGACGUUUAUCGUCAGAAGUCACUUAUCUAUUUGAUUUCGUGGAAUUUCAUCUACGGUUUUCCCUAUACCAUUCUUCUUUUCUCGAUGUCCUCUUAUUCCACUGCCAUAGGUCUCACAUCUGCUCAAGGAGCCAUAGUUACUACAGUUCAGAGUGUUGCUCAAUGUAUAGGAAGGCCGUUAUUGGGUUUACUGUCUGAUUACUUGGGUAAAACUAACAUUACUAUAAUCAUUACAGCUUUGAUUGGCAUAUUUUCACUUUGUUGGUGGACAUUCGUGAAAACUUAUGCCAAUUUGAUUGUCUUUGCUUUCGUUACAGGAAUAAUGGUGGGUGUCAAUUGGGUUAAUUUCUCUCCUCUAUGCGCAGAUAUUGUUGGUGGUGGAGAUGAUUUACUAGCAGCAGUUUCGUUUCUUUGCUUGGUUGGAGGCCCCUCUAUGAUUGUCUCCGAGAUCAUUGGAUUGAAAUUGGAAAGACCAGACGAUAAUAGACCAUACUUAAACUCUCAAAUACUCGUGGGGGUUAUGAGCAUUGCCAGUGCUGCUGUGUUAAUUCCCUUUAGAGAAUUCAAAAUUUAUAGAAUGCUCCAUGCAAGACGGGAGUUGAUCCAAAAGAAAUUAAAGGAGAAUCGAACCAGUGAAGAUUGUGCAAGGCUGAAGAGAUACGACCUCCUCUUAGAGAAGAGUACUAGGGGUUAUAUUCUACGUAGCUUCUACCCAAUCAAAGCUUAG